AUGUCACCUCGCUUGUUCCCUGUUGAGCUGGAUCCUGUCCCUAAUCGUCUAGAGUAUCUUGAUUUGCAAGGGGAAAUUAAAGAUCACUUCGAAAUAAAACUAUCAGCAGCAUUCGAGUUCUUAAAGAAACCAGGACACUUUUGCGCAUCCCCUCAGAUCGUUACCGCUGUUGCAUCUUCUUGUUUCCUCGAGACUGAGGCUGAGGUGGCCACAGCGACAAUCAUGCAUGAUAUUUUGCUGAAUCGGCUUGCGCCACUCGUCCGUCAGCGCUGGUUCUGCUGGAAUGAGGUCAAACUACCUAAAAGCAUGGUUGAAAGAAUAGCAGCAUUGGACCAAAAUUCUAGCACGUCCUCUGAACAUGUCCAACCAGACGGUUUCUUAUUUCCAAAUCCCUCAGACUCACCCAACGGUCGCCGCGCUCAUCAGACUCCUGACGACAGUAUCAUGUCUUUCACAUCCGAGUCAUUUGACUUCCCGACUUCAUGGUCUAACACCAACCAUUCGAGUGGCUCGACUUUCCCUACGUUUGGCAGCCCAGAUUUCACUUCUACGCCAUUCCCUCGACCACCUGCACUUCCUGUGUCCAAGGGCCAUGAUCUCGCUGAAGCAAGCGGAGUCACAAAGCGGCGCCCUAAGCAUGUCACACAGCCGAACGACGCUGGUUAUCAUGUCCGUAUACUACCAGGCAGCGCGAGUCCCCUCACAAUACCAUCACGCGCUUUCGUCUUAGCAGCCCAGCCACUACCUAAUACCAGUGCUGCUGUAGAACAUGCCGCUCGUAUGACAGAAGAUCGCAUUCUUUCGGGUGGUCUGAGCCCCCCAUCACGACCUUUCGUAUUAGCGAAGUGCACGUCUCCUGCCGUAAAGAAACUAACGGCUCAACCAACUUCUUCUGAUGCGAAGGAAUCAUGCAAACGUCACAAUGAACAUGCCGCUCGUAUGACAGAAGAUCGCAUUCUUUCGGGUGGUCUGAGCCCCCCAUCACGACCUUUCGUAUUAGCGAAGUGCACGUCUCCUGCCGUAAAGAAACUAACGGCUCAACCAACUUCUUCUGAUGCGAAGGAAUCAUGCAAACGUCACAAUGGAAAAAAAAAACAGCUGGUCGGCAAUGAGGCGGGAAAUGCAGUGCAAAUGAAAACCAUGUUGCGCGGCGACAAGGACGGAGUUUCAGUCACUAACCACAUUUACCUCAUGACAUCUGAUCCAGGUCCUGUUCAGUCGACUCGCGAUGCAGGUUAUGACCGUAUCUGUGGUGAAAUCGACAGCGCACUUCUUGGCCUUUCCCUUCACCACAGUACUAAGGACGAGAUCUGGCGCUGCAUCCAGCAGGUUGAAGGAUACCAAGUAAGCAGUUGGAAGGCCAUACUUGUGAAGCUUGAUAUCCCAGAAAAACGCCAUUACAACAUGCUUCAAAUUAUGGCUAGUGCAAGUCGUGACCGUAAACUUAUCUGGACUUAG